AUGGGUUGCUCAUCAUCAAAGCCAGAAACCAAAGUUGCCGAUAACAAAUCUGCAGCCGACGCAAACAAGCAAAGAGAAUUAGCCGAGAAGAAAGCCCAAUUAGCUAAGGCUGUUAAGAACCCAGCUCCAAUCAGUAAUCAACCUCAGGCAAAGCCAGAAGAACCAAAGAAAGCAGAGCCUGCUCCUGUUCCUGCUCCUGCUCCUGUUCCUGCUCCUGCUCCUGCCCCUGUUCCUACUCCAGCUCCUGUUCCAGAAGCACCUGCUGCUGAGGCACCAUCCAAUCAAGCUCCUGCACCUGUUCCAGCUGAAGCUCCAGCUGCAGAAGCACCAGUUGACCAAAAUGGUGUUCCACAGGAAAAGCCAGCUGAUGCCUAA